UCGCCGAACUUCGUGUCGGAGGUCAUUUCCAUCUACUUCCAGGAGUCGGAGAGGCAUCUGAAGGGCAUCAGAGCCCUCCUACUAGCUGGUAGGGAUCAGUGGGCGGACUACGGGAGGGUGGAGGUUCACGUAAACCAGCUGAUGGGCAGCAGCUCCACCAAGCGGAUGCGAGCCGUCUGCGUCGCUUUCCGCGCCGCUUCCGAGCAUGGAAACUGGGCCGGGUGCGUGCGUUCUCUAGCAGUCUUAGAGCAUGAGUACUGCUACCUCAAGAACAAACUUCAUGAGAUCCUUCGGAUUGAGCAGCAGAGAAUGAUAGCCGCCGGAGUUCGUUACCACCCUCUCUUCCGAGAUUAGAGCAAAGAGCUAGGUCACUCAAGCUUGUCGAUCGAUCGAUCGUUAGAUUCAUUAAUUACAAUAAACGUGCUCCUAAUCUUUUUUGCCCCCCUAUAUAUGUUUGUUGUUGGCGUGCUAUUGUAGAAACUUGCAAUGGGAAGUAUUUGUCUUGAAAUAAAUUUUGGUGUCUCUUUUGUGAUCUUAUGUUAUUUUGAAUGCGAGGGUUCGCGCCAACAGAUGUU